AUGGCUAAGGAUAAAAGAACAAAACCAUGUUGUAAUUGUAAAAGAUCAAAAGUUAAAUGUGUUUAUGAAAAUUUAUUACCUUGUCAAAGAUGUCUUAAAACUGGUCAAGCUUCAACUUGUCAAUUUAUACCCAAAUUACCAUCUUUAAAAUUACCAGAUUUAAAUUCAAAUGGUCUGUCUAAUAACACAAAUAAUAGAAGUGAAAAUUUUCAGCCAUUUAUCCAUCAACAACAAUAUAAUAAUAAUACAAAAUUACCACCACCCCCUAUACUACCGAAUUCAUUCCCGCCUCAACCACAAGUACAUCCUCAACCUCGACCACAAUAUCAUCAACCUCAACAGCAGUUUCAACAAUCUCAACCACUCACAGAUCCUUGGAAAUCACUGAUUGAACAAACAUUACAUUCAUUUGAUGACAAAAUAAAUAGUCUAGUGGACUUACUCAAAACUAAUCAGCAACAACAACAAAUCCAACAGCAGCAGCAAUAUCAACAACAGGUGCUACUGAAUUCAAAUUAUUCACAAAGUUCAUUACCAUCAAUAAUACCGUCAAUUUCAAAUAUUACAUCAAGAUCAGAAACACCGACUAAACGAAUAUUCGAAGAUCAACAAGGUUAUAGUCCAAAUAAACUGAGAAAGUUAGAUGUACCGAGAGACUUUAGAGAUGGUUAUGUUACAAAGUCUGAAGCUAACGAAUUAUUUACAUUUUUUAAUGAUAAAAUUUCACAACAAUUAUUUGGAUUUGAGAUUAGAAAACUUUCAAUUAAUGACUUAUGGAACUCAUGUCCUAUUCUAGUAUGCACAGUCUGUACAAUUGCAAGUAUACAUCAUCCAAAACUAAAAUCAAAAUCAGAUCAAUUACAAGAGUAUUUACGAGAAUUAUGUAAUUCCAUCUUUUUUGAAAAUAAACCAAAGAAUAUAAAUGAAGGUUUCAAUGUUAUUAUUGCACUCAUAUUGUGCAGUUUUUGGUUAUCUGAUUCUCAAAUGUUUACAGGGUUGGCAUUACAAUUAGCAAAAGAAUUUAAAAUGGAUCAACCAACAAAAAAUAAAGAAUAUUUGAAACUUUGGUAUUUGAUAUAUGUAUUAGAUGGACAGCAGAGUCUUACAUUCAAUAGAACUCCAUUAAUGAAUAAUGAUGAAUAUAGUCUAAAAUAUUCCAAACGGAUAUUAAUCGAGAAUAAAGAUUUGAAAUUCAAAGACGAGAAAGUAAUUGCACAUAAUGAUAUAUCAGAUGAAGAAAUGGAGAAAUUAAUAGCAAGACAAAAAUUCACAGACUUAAGAUUAGUUUCUCAAGUUGAAUAUAAUCAAGCUUUAAAUGAGGCAUUUCGUGGAAAUGCAUGGGAUUUAUUAGUACCAUCAAGUUUUGGAAUCCCAAGUAAGUCAAAUAUAGAAUUAGAUAAAUGGAUGGUAUCAUGGACAGUUUUAUUAUCACCAAUUACUAAUUUUCAAGGUGCAAUUUGGUCAACUAAAUCAACAUUGAUAUAUUAUAAUUUCGCAAAGAUGCAUAUUAAUUCAAAAGAAGUUAGAGAAAUGAGUAUCAAUCCAAAUGAAAAUAAAUUUCCAAAAUGGGAAAACAACAAAAUUUUAAACAACAAUGUUCCUAAAAUCACAAUAGAACAAGAAGAUACAGACGAUUCCGAUGAAUCAGAAUCAGAAGAAGAAGAAGAAGGAGAAGAAAAUGCAAUUUUAGUUUCUGAUCCACUUGUCAAUGCAAAUAUUGCAAUUAAUGCAGCUCAAACGGUAUUAAAUUUAGUUAUUAAUGAUAAUGAUAUACUUGAGAAUUUGAAAUAUGUGCCUGUUCAUAUCCAUAUCAUGUUAUAUUAUGCUGCUUUAUUACUAAUUAAUCCAAUAAACACAAAUGAACAUGAAUAUUACAUGAAAUUAAUUGAUAGUCUCAAAAUAUUAAAUUCAUUAAAGAAGAAAAUAUAUGCCAAUUUGCCAAUAGAUACCAAAUUCGGUAAUAAAUUAAUUGCAAGUCUUGAAGAUAUCGGAAUUGAGAAAUUGAAUGAUAUAAAAUCAUACGUUGAUACAAUUGAGGAUAAUGACAUUAAAGAUGAUUUUAUUAUUAAAGUUAAUGCCUUGAUUGAAAGUAGUGAAAACAUUGAAGAGAUAGUAGAUAGAGAUAGUGGAUCUAGUCGAAGUGCAAGUCCAUCAUUACCUGAGAAAAUUAGUGCUUGGCCUGGUUCACAUCAUGGACAUCCAUAA